UGGGGACUGGUCUUCCAGUCUUUUUGGAAAGAAUCCGCAACAGCACUUUUAACCUCCGAGAUAGAAUAGUUGCAUCACCUGCAACUAUUUCUACUAUUGUUAAUAUUCAAAAAAAUGUUGCAAAUGUGUCCCGAAGUACCCCAAUAAACAAACCAUUGAUGAAGAAUUUCCUGGACACGGCAGGUGUACUUACUUCCAAUGCAGCAAAAGCCUCCUGGGGUGUUCUAAACACCGACCCCAACAAAAACGAAAGCUCACCCUUUCUGGGCACCGUUGAAACAAUUUCCAAUUUCCUUACCGAUGACUUUUUUGACAUAGAAACGGCAAUAAUUUUUUUCAACAAAACCACAGUCAACAACUUAUUCAAUUUAAACUCAUCUGUUCUGAUAGACAUACCGGCAUCUGAAGCUUCCUUCAGUUCAAUCACCAUAAUAACAUUUGAAUCCUUGGAGAAUGUUUUACCUGCAAAAAACAGCAGCAGUCUGAACAACAGGGUCAACACCAUCAACAGAAAAGUGGUUCUAGUGAAGGGGAAUGGCACAAUCAAGAAUGUGACUUUCAGUUUUGACGUACUGAACGCUGACAUUUGGUUCAUUAUUGGUGCAGCAAUUUCCGAAAAUGAAGAAAAAGAUCUACCUGCGUGUUCCACAGCAACAUUUUUCAUCCACUUUUUCUACCUGGCUCUGUUUAUCUGGAUGCUGGUCUCAGGCCUUUUGCUGCUCUACCGGACUGUCAUGGUUUUCUCUCACAUGUCUAAACCAGCAAUGUUGGCCAUCAGUUUUUCUUUGGGCUAUGGAGCUCCCCUCAUCAUUGCUGUCAUAACUAUCACAGUGACAGCCCCAGGGAAACAAUACAUUAGAGGUAUUGACGGGGCUUUUGUGAUCCCUGCCCUGACCAUAGUGGUCAUCAACCUUUUGAUCCUGAUUGUGGUUCUGUUCAAAAUGCUGAGGAGAGGUGUGGGGGAUGUUACCCAGCCAGAUGAGAGAAAUGCUUUGGUGGUCAUCGCCAGGUGUCUGGCCAUUCUGACUCCCUUCUUUGGUACUACCUGGGGACUAAGAGUAGGAACCAUGACUACACCAAACAAUCUAGGAAUCCAUAUUGUGUUUGCAAUCUUCAAUUCAUUACAGGGUUUGUUCAUCUUGGUAUUUGGAACACUUUUGGACAAAAAGAUCCGGGAAGCUCUGACAGGAAGGUCACAAGUGUCCUCCAACCGCACAAGGGAACUUUACUACCUUUAG